UCUCACAGAAGAGGGGGAGAGAGAGCGCGCGAGAGAGAGGGAGAGGGAGAGUGAGCGAGAGGGAGAUCGACGAGAGAGGCUCCGAGCUCCGAGUGCUAGACGACGACGACUACGACGACGACGACGACGUCCCCCUCUGCGCAUUCUGAUUCCCUUUGAUUGCUACUUAUCAUCAUCAAAGUGUCACAGAGCACGCGACGCUAAGCUAAGCGAGGCCCAUCGCAGCAGCAGCAGCAGCAGCACCCGGGGAGGAGAAGCGCGGUGAACUCGAGAGGGAGGGAGAGAGAGAGAGGAAGGAAACUCGAGGAGGGGACGGGAGAAGAGCAGAGAGGACAAGAGAAGAGAAGAGGAGUGGAGAGACUGGCUGGGAAUUUGUUUAAGCGUGCAGAUCUCGAGGUGUAUUUUGUGCAGUUUCUGUCAGCAUUUUGAUUGCGGUUGAGUGGGUGAGUUGCUGCUGGCCUGGAGGAGGACUAGAGAGCGGGGAGAGAAGGCGGAUUGCGGGCCCGAUUUGUGCGGAGACUGCGCCAGUGCAUCGAGGGCGGCAGCAGCAGCAGGCAGGGGUCGGGAACCGGGGGCGAGGUUGUUCAUUCGUCGCUGAGGGUGGAGUCGAGUUUCAAAUUCUAGGGGGACGUGAACGUGAGAGCGCAGGCUGUGGAGUGGUGUCGUCAUCGUCGUCGUCGUUGUUGGUGUGCGCUGGGAAGAAGAAGAAGAAGAAGAAGAAGGAAGAGAAGGAGGGUGGAGGGACGAGAGAAGCACGGCUGUGUAACCUCUGUGGUAAAGUCGAAGCUCGCGCUACUUCGUUCUGCGGUUUCGGGUUUUCGUUCGGUCCUGGGCCUCUAUCGCUUCCGUUUCAAUCCGAGAGUGUUUCGGUUCUGCGACAUUGCACUCUGAAGUGCUCUGCGGUUCUAUCGAGCUGCUUGCCUGUUCCCAUCCUGCAUUGUGUGCAGUGUACUGCCCUAAUUGCUGUACCACCCGAUUGCUGUGUCGCUCUCCUCGACGGUGCUUCGGCCCAUCGUUUGCAUCCGAACCUUGUUCAUAGGUCCCUGUGUCGUUCUGUGUGUGUUUGUUUCUAGUACAAAGUGUCGUACUUCCUGUUUCUGAUCACUUGAUCCGGGACCUGCACGAGUCCUCCUCACUGGAUUCUGCAUUACCCUCCUCGCCGGUAUUCUCGACCAGACCAUCAAUAGCAAGAGAAUCCGCUGACAAUUCCCGAGUGUCAGUGCCGUUCCCAGUUUUCUUUACUUCAAGCAUAUUCUUCCCUCAUAUCUUCUUAUGAUUCGUACACUUUUCUGUUAAUUCCGUCGUGUCCUGAGGGGCACAUUCCUCUAAGGCGGGCGCCAUUUAUUUAGAGAAAAUAACUCCCAAAGCAAAUUCUUUUCUUAACUUAGACUGGCAUUGGCGGAGAAAGCGCGUCGAUACCUUUGGUAGCUUAGAUAGCUACCACAGGCUUCAUGGAAAGCGGACCAGAGUUCAUGCAUACAAAGCAUCGCACCCCGGCUGGACGUGAAGUGGAUCUGCGAAUGAGUGAACAGAAACUUGUGUAGGAAAGACUGUGCCGUGUCACCACCUCUCAUCUCGAAAGUCAAAUAAUCAGUUGAAGCAAUGGAGUCGAAAAUGGACCAGUACGAGAUUAUGGAACAGGUUGGGCGGGGCGCCUUUGGAUCUGCAAUACUUGUGAAUCACAAGCUCGAAAAGAAGAAGUAUGUCCUCAAAAAGAUCCGUCUCGCUCGUCAGACGGACCGAUGUCGACGAUCUGCCCAUCAAGAGAUGGCUCUUGUCUCCAGGGUUCAGCACCCGUUUAUCGUGGACUACAAGGAAGCCUGGGUAGAGAAGGGUUGCUACGUUUGCAUCGUGACCGGCUACUGUGAAGGUGGUGACAUGGCCGAAGUUGUUAGGAAAGCCAAUGGCCAGUACUUCUCAGAGGAGAGACUAUGUCGAUGGUUCGCCCAAUUGCUUUUGGCCGUAGACUACUUGCACUCAAAUCAUGUUCUUCACAGGGAUCUUAAGUGUUCCAACAUUUUUCUCACAAAGGAUCAUGACAUCCGACUUGGAGAUUUCGGGCUAGCGAAAAUGCUGGCAGCGGAUGACUUGGCUUCCUCUGUGGUUGGAACCCCAAACUACAUGUGUCCGGAACUUCUUGCUGAUAUUCCGUAUGGCUUCAAAUCAGACAUCUGGUCACUAGGAUGCUGCAUGUACGAGAUCACAGCGCACAGGCCAGCCUUUAAAGCCUUUGAUAUGCAGGGACUUAUCAGCAAGAUCAACCGAUCGACCAUUGGACCUCUACCUGCCAACUACUCCAGCUCAUUGAAGGGUUUGAUCAGGAGCAUGCUGAGGAAGAAUCCAGAGCACCGUCCAACUGCCGCUGAGUUAUUGAGACAUCCUUACCUCCAACCGUAUAUCACUCAGUGCCGGUUACAAGCAGGCCUUCUUCAUACAGCGUCCCCUAACCGAAACAUGGGUAACGGGCAUCUUAUUGAUCAAAACGCAAGUCAUGACAGCAGCGGCAGAGAGAGCUUCGCAAGUAGCAUUAAGAGUAGUCCCAGCAGAGCAUUUGAUUAUGGUGGACUGAUCGAAGCAAUCCAUGAUGAUCUGGAUAACGGAUGGCACUUCGAUAGCAUAGAGAAGGACGCUUCUAGAUCGUCGAGUCGUGGCCACGUAUCAGCUACACAUACACACCGGGACAAUAACCAGCUAGGCGAAAUGUGGGCCGAAGAGGAUCGAGCCGUAGAAACGCACUUCGCCGGCAAACUGCACAGGACAGAGACCCACCUCAAGCCCGCCGAGAGGCAGGACGAGGGCAAUUCCCGGGUUCCUGUGAAAAGCUCGCCGCGAGUGAAUCACCUGGCUCGAGUCGCGCCACCGGCCGAGAGUCCUCGCACGCCGUCGGGCAAGCCUCUGAGGUUUAAGCCCGAACCCGUGCCCAAGAGAACCCCUCAAGUUGCGCAUCUAAAACAACAGCAUGGGCAUUCCGACUCUCCCAGGGGCAAGCUCCGAACCGAGAGCCUUCCCCCGGCCUCGCCCGCGCGGCAGGACGACCAUCUGUCGGGGAAGCCGAAGGCCCGAACGCCGGCCACCGGCACCGGGGCCACGCCGCGGCGGGCCUCGCUGCCGCUGCCGCUGAAGCCGCCGCACCAGCGGAGGAGCAUAUCGCCGUUGGGCGGGAGCAACGGCAGCGCCAACAGCGGACGGAGCUCGCUAGCCAGCCCGCGGGUGCGGUCGUCGGUGUCGGGCACGCCGGCGCGCGCCAUGUCCAAUAACGACCACCACCAUCACUCGAACGGCGCGCGGCCCGAGGCGGUAAAGUCGUCGCUGCAGUCGCGACUGACCGGGCGGAACCCGGACCUGCACCGGGUGAUACCGGAGGAUAUGUCGCUGGGCUCGACGUCGUCGCACCCGAUCUCCACCUGUGAGUACGGCGGCGUGGUGUCGGAGCGAUCGGCGCGGUCGGAGAUCUCGGGGCUGACGGACAUCCGGUCGCCGGACGUGAGCGUGAACGCGCCGCGGCUGGACCUGAUCCCGGAGUUCGCGCUGCACGGGAACGCGGGCAUGUGCGAGACGUUCCAGCAGAACGACGACUGCCUGAGCGACGGCGCGAAGGUGCGGUCGAAGGUGAAGGAGGCGGUGGCGCGGCUGCAGAAGCAGACGUCGAUGGAGAGCGCGCUGAAGGCGCCGGCGGGCGCCGGCGGCGGUGGCGCGGGCAGCAAGGCGGACUCGCGCAACACGUCGCUGACGCGGCAGCGCAGCGCCAAGGACAGCCUGAGCUACGCCACGCCGCGGUCGAAGCUGGCGCGCGGCAUGCAGCCGGACUACGACGAGGGCGACCGCACGCAGGAGAAGGGCACCAUCCAGAUCGAGGCCGAGAAGGUGCCGUCGCCGGUGAAGAUGCGGCCGGCGUACAACGACGUGAUCCACGUGAUCCGGCACAGCACCUUCCGGCUGCAGGUCGGCGGCGACCAGCCGCAGGUGGUGGAGGGCGUGGGCGAGAUGGACCUGCCCGGCAAGAUGGACAUCGGCACGCUGCUGGACCUGCCGCAGCGCGUGUCCGAGGUGGAGCAAGUGCACCAGGUCCCGCCGGUGGCCAUGUCGCGCACCUCCAGCAGCAAGGACCAAGAGUCGGAGGCCAAGGGCCUGGACGUGAAGUCGUACCGGCAGCGCGCCGAGGCGCUGGAGGGCCUGCUGGAGCUCUCGGCGCAGCUGCUGUCGCAGCAACGGCUCGAGGAGCUGACCAUCGUGCUGAAGCCGUUCGGGCGCGGCAAGGUUUCGCCGCGCGAGACGGCCAUCUGGCUGACCAAGAGCCUCAAGGGCAUGCUGGGCGACGACCACCAUAGCAGUAGCAGUAAUUCAGACGCCGGGGCCCUCAGUAGUUGAGCCUUGCUGCCCUGUUCUAUACACGGUGCCCCUUGCACCCUCCAUUUUCAGCAUAGGUGGCACAUGCUUUUGUGAAUGUGUAAAUUUGAGUUUUAUUUGUAGAGCCGGCCUUGGUGUCAGCCAGUUCUCAUGGUCUAUCGAAGAUGUUUUCGAGCAACCAUCUGUGAUUCCAUCUAGAUUCUAACACCGAGUCCAAAUUGCAAAUAAGCGGUGGCUCACCUCAUGCCUUUUGCCGAUCAGCAUGGACGACACGCCUUCUGUUGCUCGCGUUGUACAAGGAAGGUCUUUUGACAUUGUGCCUUGAUUAAGGCUGAAUUUAUAAAAGAGAUCGUAGGUUAACAAUCUCUUUGUGCAGUCAAAGAGUCUUCUGCUGCAGUCAUCCGUACUUUGUCACUGCGGUUGCUGAUCUCUUCUACCUUGUCAGCUAGGCCACUGAGUCUAUGGGUAGAAGCCCGGGCGCACGUCUUGUGUUUUGUCCUCUUUCACUACACUACAUAAAGAAAAAGUUUUGCUUGCCGAGACAC